AUGGAAGCUAAAGAAAUUGCACAUAGCAGAGGAGGUAUGUGUCUUUCUACGGAAUAUAUAAAUCUCCGUGUUCUGAUGCAAUGGAUGUGUGACAAAGGCCAUAAAUGGUUUGCAAGUUUUAAUGGUAUAAAGCAUGCUAAAUUAUGGUGCCCAUAUUGCUUAAAUAAACACGAAAAUUUAUGUAGUAAAAUCGUAACAAAAAUUCUUAGCCCACCUUCUGAUAUUCGCAGACCAGAUUUCUUGAAAACACCAGAGUAUCCACGAAGAUUAGAACUUGACAUUUAUUAUCCGCAAUAUGGAUUUGCAAUAGAGGUACAAGGUAAGCAACAUAAGCAAUACGUAAAAUACUUCCACAAAAGUGAGAAAAACUUUGGGGAGCAAUUAAUACGUGAUCAGCUCAAAAGGGAACUAUGCGACGAAAAUUGGACCGUUCUUAUAGAUUCAUGGUAUUACGAAGAUCCGUAUAUAAUUAUUCCGGAGUACCUUAAAGGGUUGGGACUUAUUGAUUAG